AUGGUGGUGCCAGAUUCAUUCAUGGUUUCCAAAAAUACAUUGGACAAUUAUCUGAAGAGAAAAGAAAAUGUAGCGCAGCAGGACAUACAUCCUGCGGCUCUAACCACACCAGAAUGUUCAAUGAGUCAGCACUUACCGACACAAUACCCACCAUUGUGCCAUGAAGCUUUGAAUCCAGGAAUUCCAGCUCAAUCAGCACAGCUUUACAGACACCCAGGAAUUGCCCUCCAGAACAAAUCUGAGAAGAGAUGCGAUCCAACAAAAAUUGUGUUGGUAGUGCUUUUACUGGUGGUCAUAUUUGGAGGAGGAGCGGCCAUUUUGUGGUACUUUGUUUAUGAUAUUCCAAACGGUAGAGUUUACUUCAGUGGUUCGAUUCAUCUGGUAAAUGCCUUCUUCAGUUCUGCAUUAACAGACAGCAGAACAACUGAGUUCAUAGACUUAGCCAAUCAGGCCGAGGAAUCAUUGGCUGAGAUGUUUAGAAGAUCGCAGUUGGCACAACGUUUUGUCAGUGUCAAUGUCAUCUCCUUUAGUGAAGGAAGUAUUUUCGCUUACUUCAUGCUUACAUUCUCUGUGGGGAGAAACAGACUUGUAGAAGACAACAAGGUCCUACAUGCAUAUGAUGUGGUUAAGGUAUUGGAUAACCAUCUGCGGAAAACAACUGAAUCUAGCACUGAUACAGCGCUGUUGGGAAAGUUCCACGUAGAUGUUAAAUCCAUUAACAUUUAUGAAACAGAACAUGAUGAGUAUUCACUCUUCUUGGAAGAAGCAUGUCCUGUGACUGAUAGAAGAAUCCAGUGGAAUAAAGCGUCAUCAUGUCGUUGGGAGAUGAGAGCGCCUGCAAACCAUUUGCUGGAAAUUACUAUUCAAAAAUAUUUUAUGAAUGAUGAUUGUAGCCUGAAUUACAUUGCACUUUAUGACUCAUUGGUACCUGGAAAAAAGAAACUAAUCAUAAGGAUAUGCUCCAGCAGCCAACUCUUUCCUUUGCAGACCUUCACUGCGACAUCAUCAGGGAAUGUAAUGUUGGCCAUAUUCUUUUCACAAUCCCAACAUAUGAAUCAGUUUGAAGCAACAGUGCAAUACAUCAAGACAAUAACCUGUGGUGGAACUAUCACUGCUUAUAAUGGAUCACUGGUCUCUCCAUUUUAUCCCAGGAACUACCCUCCAAAUAUCAAUUGUCUUUGGACAAUUACAGUACCAGACCCAAACCUGAGGCUACGAAUCCAGUUUCCAACUCUGAAGUUGGAAGGCAUGCAGCCAAACUGCAAGAAAGAUUGGGUUUCUAUCGAUGGUACACGAUACUGUGGUGAACACUCCAGGUCGUUGGUGGUGCCUAGUGCUUCUAAUGUCCUAACAGUUCAGUUUCAUUCAGACUUUUAUAACAGUAAUCUUGGCUUCCGUGCUGAAUAUAGCAGCUUCAAUCCUGAAGAUGAAUGCCGAGGAAUGCACACAUGUGGAGAUGGAAAAUGUGAGCUCAUGAGCAACAAGUGUGAUGGUUGGAUUCAUUGCAAAGAUAAAAGUGAUGAGAUGAACUGUGUGUGCACAUCAGACCAGUUUAAGUGCCACAAUGAUAUGUGUAAACCCGUGACCUGGGUCUGUGAUGGAGUUGAUGACUGUGAAGAUAUGAGUGAUGAAGCCAACUGUGAUUGCCCUGCUGGGUUCUUCAGCUGCCAGAAAGAUAAUUGUUUGUCCAUUAAUACCUUAUGUAAUGGAAUUACAGACUGUCCUGAUGGCAGUGAUGAGGCCAACUGUGAUAAAACAGACAUCAAAUGUACUUCCAUCAGCUACAAGUGUGACAAUGGAAAAUGCAUCGUCAAGCCCAAUGCAGAAUGUGAUGGUAUGAUCGACUGUUUAGAUGGUAGUGAUGAAUCCCAUUGUGAGACAAAAGAACUGCUGGCUGGAGAGCCUCAGCCGACACACGAAGUAGGGAAAAAACUACCCCAUGGAAAUGGUGGGAAUGCAUCGUCGCUUGAUCUUCUAUUUAGCACAGCUACCAACUCAGAUACUGACUGUGGAAACCGACCCUUCCUUAAAAGUCGAAUCAUCAAUGGUGAUAAUGCGGAGCUUGGUGAGUGGCCCUGGCAAGUCAGCCUCCACUUUGAUACCAUAGGCCAUACUUGUGCUGCAACGUUGGUAAAUAAUUGGUGGCUUCUAACUGUCUCACAUUGCUUCCAGGAUGUUUAUCCCUACAAGUACUCUAAUCGACUGUUAUGGAAAGUGUAUGUUGGACUGCAUUCCCAAAGUUUUUCAGAAACUGGUGUAGAAACGCGACUAAUCAAACGGGUGAUAAUUCAUGAGCAAUUCAAUAAUGUCACAAUGGAUUAUGAUAUAGCCUUGAUUGAACUUUCAGAACCUGUAGCAUACAAUAAUUACAUACAACCAGUGUGUCUUCCAUCAGCAUUACAUGUGUUUCCUGCAAAUCGAAAAUGCUACAUUACUGGUUGGGGCUUACUGCAGGAAAAAGGUCAUCUUCCUAUAAUCCUUCAAAAGGGUGAAGUAAGAAUCAUUAAUCAAACAACAUGCAUUAACUUCAUGGGAAAUAUAGUAUCAUCACGAAUGCUUUGUGCUGGAUAUCUUACUGGACAAGUCGACGGCUGUGAAGGUGAUUCUGGAGGACCACUGACCUGUGAAGAAACAUCAGGAAAGUGGUUUCUAGCAGGAAUUGUGAGCUGGGGGCAAGGAUGUGGUCGAUAUGGGUACCCUGGAGUUUACACACGAGUCACAAAGUUCCGAGACUGGAUUCAGAGGAACAUGAGAAUCAUUGGCAAAUGA